AUGCGGCUGCUCAUUGUCUUCAAUGCAGAGAGUGUCGUGAACUCGGGCAAGUGGGCGUUCUGCUGCUGGAACGAGAGUGGAGGCAACCUGCGCAUCGGCUGGUCCGCGGCCUCGGCCACGCUGGCCCUGGGCACCGACGCCUGGUCGUGGGGCUACGGAGGCACGGCCACGAAGUCCCACAACGGCGCCUUUGAGAAGUACGGGCAAACGUACGGCAAG